AUGAGUUUAGCAAAACAGAGAUGGACAUGGACUAUCUCAGCGCCUUUAUGGCUAAAUGGACAUCAUCAAGAUAUGAAACUAAUGAAUUCGCUAACGAACAUGUUUGGCGAAUUUGUCGCUACCCAGAAAUCACCAGAAUUCAAUCUAAGCUCUGCUUCCAUGCAAGAAUUGAACAAAGCCGUGAAAGAAGAGAAGAAAUGCUAUGCAAAGAUUGUCCAUCUCCGGCCGAGACCUCGUUGUAUGUCUACUGGCAACAUUUAUCAAGAAGUAAGCCGAAACCCAAGUGGUGGUAGUGAAGUAACAAUGCGCGAACAUAAUUGCAAGAGAAGAGAACGUCCAACUAGCCUUAUUGAACGAGUCAGACAAAGAAUUAGCCCUGAUCGAAGAGAUGAGUCAAUUGCCGAGGAAGAAGAGGGAGAGGGUCAAGUGGUACGAAAGACAUCUACCGUAUCCGAGAGACUGCACAUUAUCGUAUCUUGAAGUACCGUACCGUAAUCCUCCAGUUGAAGAGCUGUUCAUAGGCAGCGUCAGUGGACUAUUCAUCCUGACACGCUUUAAUUAACCAAUGGAUCCAUACAGGACCAAAUUUCAUGAAAGUCAAUACAUAAUGUUCUGACUAAAAUAGGGAAAAAAGUGCACAAUGAUUUUUUUUGAAUCGUAGUUCUGCUGAUGCACUUACCUUGUUCCAUAGUUUCGAAGAUAUUGUUAUGUUGAUUUUGUUAUAUGCAGUGAAAAAAAGAAUGUCAUCUCUUUUUUGCCGAUUUUUCUACGAAUUUACUAUUUCUGACCUUUUACCCACUUCAGAAAAACGGCAUGAACUAGAUUUACUUCUGCGAUUUAUUUUAAUCCUUUGUCCGAUCAUGUGUCUAUAAUAUAUGUAUGUACGGU